GAAAUGACGGAAUCGGAAGACAAUGUCGAAUUCUACCUGAGGUACUAUGUAGGUCACAAAGGAAAGUUCAGCCACGAGUUCUUAGAAUUCGAGUUUUGUCCCAAUGGAAAUCUCUGUUAUGCCAACAACUCUAUAAAAAGUGAUACCAUGAUUCGUAAAGAGAUUUUCCUUACCUCUGAUGUUCUCAAAGAAUAUCGUCGUAUUGUUGCCGAUAGCGAGGUAUUUACCAAUGAUGAUAACAAUUAGUCUGAACCGGAUAGCAGGCAAGAGCUUGAGAUUGUGAUGGAAAAUGAUCACAUAUAAUGAUUAUUUACAUGCUUCUAUUUUGCUUCCAAGAUUAGUUCACUGAUGGAUGUGCAUACUAGCAAAGAUCCCGAGGGACAUCAUAUCUUCUAUUAUCUUCUUCAUAUAAUAAUUUACAUGCUUCUGUUGUCUGAAAUUAGUUCAAUUAAUUUUAAACUUAUAGUGGGCUAA